AUGGCAGAAGAAGACACGGCCGGAUCUCGCCGGUUAGGAGUGGAAGGCAGAACCUCGUCCACCAUUUCCAAUCAAGAUUCCGAUCUUCUCAUCCCUCAGCUCAAAUUCUUGAUAUCCAAUGUCAAGAACAUGGUUCCCAACCCUCUCACCUCUGAAAACUACUCAAUAUGGCGCUUACAAUUGUCUCAGCACUUCGCCGCAAAUGGCUAUGAUGCGCACCUCACGGGUCUCGCCGUCCGCCCACCGGACUCGGUCCCCCAUGAACAAAAUCGGUGGAAGCUAAUUGAUUGCAAUCUUGUCUCGGCUCUGCUGGCCACCAUUUCCCCUCCCAUUCUCCCGUAUGUGAUCAAUCUCGGUUCCGCUCAUGACGUCUGGACCGCUCUUGAACGCCGCCUUCAACCUACAAAUCGGUCGCGCGUAAUUCAGCUCAAGAACGAGCUACACCAAAUUCAGAUGCGAGACCGCACCAUGCAACAAUAUCUUGAUCAAAUCAAGACGAUAGUCAACAACAUCGCGGCCGCCGGCUCCACCGUCGACACGAAAGAUAUUGUACUCUAUAUUCUCAACGGGAUGCCCACGGCCUAUAAUUCGUUCAAAACAGCCAUCAGGACCUCGCUGCAACCGAUUCAUCUUGAUGAUCUUUAUUCACUCCUCAGCAGUGAAAAGAUAAUUCUUCAGCAACAAAACCUCAAAGACUCACAAAAUUCCGAAUCCACGGCAUUCUUUUCAAACAGGAAUUAUCGUUGGAAAAAGUCACGUGGGAGAGGUUCGUUUCAAAGGCAUCCGACAAACGAUCGCUCGAUGCCUCAAGUCGAGGCGCUAUCGUCUGCACGCCCUCCGUUUCAGUGCCCCACCUGUCAGAUCUGCGGCAAGUCCGGUCAUGUCGCUCUUAACUGCUGGCAUAG